AUCUCUCCACAGAUGCUAGCUGUGUAGGAGGGAGAUGUACAGCAAAGGACAUAUCCUGCUAUUGUUUCACAUCUUCCUGGUGGACUCAGUGUUUGUAAAACCAAGUAUCCAGAGAUGGCGAACGUUCCGUUCCUCUGCUCUGAAUAUUUGUAUUGCCCAGUUUGCUUGGACCUUUUCCGAGAACCUGUGACUAUUCCUUGUGGGCACACUUUCUGCUUGACAUGUAUUACCCAGUGCUGGUCUCUGCAGGGAAUGCCAGCUUCUUGUCCCCAGUGUCGUUCCUGCUUCCAACAAGAAUCCUCACCAAGACUCUGCAAGAACAGUAUACUUUCACAGAUGGUGGAUGAUUUCUCCAAGCUCCAGGGAGCCACUGAGAGGAUGGCAGUUGGGAACAUUCCAGCCAGGAGUGUGGGCAUACCACUGAAAAUGAAUUUACUGCAAGAUGUGUCCGAAGAAAAUAUUGGAAGUGAGGCAAGCAUCGGUUUUGCUAUACCCAGUAGUGGUGAGGUCCAGGAAAGCAGCAGUACCCAGAUUUCGGGUGCCAGAAAGAUAGUGGGUCAGGGACUGGCUGACAUAGUAAGGGUCCUUCAGGCCUCAGGCCUGCGGUUGCUGAAGAUGAUGGAUCAGGCUGAGUGCCAGAUACUGAAGAACACCGAAAGCCGUGAACUGGAAGGACUCUACAUAUCAGUGCCACAGUCUGCCCAAGUUGUUCCAGAUCAGCUGCAGGAUCAACUACAGGAGGAGCCGCUUGAACAGGAUACACAGUGGAAUGGACUUUAUGCAGCUGUUACUAAUUUUAAAGAGUGUUUACAGGAGAUGUGUGCAGACCACAUGGGGAGGUUGGUACAACAAGUGUGGUGUACACAAUCCAGCUACCCCGUAUCACCACCUAAACUGUGGGGAUGUCCCUUGCAGCCCCUGAUCCCACGGAUACGAGCCGAGUUCCUUCAGUAUCUCCGAGAAGUCACCUUAGACCCUGAAACUGCCCACCACAACUUGUGUCUUACGCAAGGAAAUCACAGAGUUCUGUGCAAACUGCAACCCCAGGCUUACUCAGACCAUCCCGGACGCUUUGACCAUUACACCCAAGUUCUUGGCAGGGAGUCAAUGGGCCAUGGGAGACAUUAUUGGGAGGUCCAUCUGUCUGGAAAUCGAGUAAGCUUAGGUGUCACCUAUCAUAAUAUCUCUCGAAAAGGUCACCAGAGCUACUGCUUGGCUGGUAGAAAUUCAAAGUCUUGGUGUCUAGAAUGGAGCAGCAGCCGUUGUUAUGCAUGGCAUGAUGGUCAGAGAAUUUUAGUAGCCACAGGACUACAGGAGAAACUUGGCAUCUUUUUGGACUGGGAUGAGGGUAGUCUGUCCUUCCAUGAGGUAUCAGAUGAUAUGCCACUUCUUCACCAGUUCAAUACUUCCUUCAUCCAACAAGUAUAUCCUAUAUUUUAUGUCAGCUGGAACUCAAUUAUGUCUAUUGGGGAAGCGAUGCCAACUCACCAAAGUGACCACAACAAACGGUUCUAUAGGCAGAUGUCUGCAGAAUUCUGAGCUAUCUGCAGUACUAAUGGAUUACUGUACAUAAAAGUACAUUCUAUUUUUUUGUAAAUAUGAUAUUCUAAGGCUGAGCAGCAAAAUAAUACAGUAAAACCUUGGUUUGAGAGUAUCUUGGUUUAAGAGCGUUUUGCAAGACAAGCAAUAUUUUUAAAUAC